UCAUCUGAUUUUUCUUUUUUUUCUCCCGUGUUUCCUUGUUAGCCAGCGUCAGUACUAGCCAACAAAACAACCGUCCUACUUUCUUUCCUUCUUCUGUUUGGUCUUUUCUUCUCUCCCCCUCUUUCCUCAGGGGUUAAACUAACUCCUCGCCCACCUCCAAAGACAUGGACGAGACGAGUCCGCUUGUCUCUCCGCUCCGGGACUCCGGUGAUUUCAGCUACUGUCCCACAGAGCCCACCAGCCCGCGGGGCGCGUUUGGAGGCACGCCGGGCUCCGUGGUGCGCAUCCCGGCUGGCAGUCCGGGACGCAGCCGGGAGAGACAGCCGCUGCUCGACCGUGACCGCGGGAGCUCGCCGCGGGAGCCGCACAGGAACGAGUUUCCGGAGGAUCCCGAGUUCAGAGAGAUCAUCCGAAAGGCCGAGCGAGCCAUAGAGGAGGGGAUCUACCCGGAGAGGAUCUACCAGGGAUCCAGUGGGAGCUAUUUUGUCAAAGACUCACAGGGGAAGAUCAUUGGCGUAUUCAAACCCAAAAACGAAGAGCCCUAUGGCCAGCUGAACCCCAAGUGGACUAAGUGGCUCCAGAAACUGUGCUGUCCCUGCUGUUUUGGUCGUGACUGUUUGGUCCUGAACCAGGGUUACCUCUCGGAGGCCGGGGCCAGCCUGGUCGAUCAGAAACUGGAGCUCAACAUCGUUCCUAGGACCAAGGUGGUGUAUCUGGCUAGUGAAACAUUCAAUUACAGUGCCAUAGACAGGGUUAAGUCUCGAGGAAAAAGGCUAGCCCUGGAGAAGGUACCUAAAGUGGGGCAGCGCUUCCAUAGGAUUGGACUACCUCCAAAGGUUGGUUCCUUCCAGCUCUUUGUUGAUGGAUACAAGGAUGCAGAUUUCUGGUUGCGGAGGUUCGAAGCGGAGCCUUUGCCCGAAAACACCAACCGUCAACUCCAGCUGCAGUUCGAGCGGCUUGUAGUCCUCGAUUACAUCAUCAGGAACACAGACAGGGGAAAUGACAACUGGCUGCUGAAAUAUGACUGUCCCAUGGACCCCGUUGGGAAUAGGGACACAGACUGGGUGGUUGUUAAGGAUCCUAUCAUUAAGCUGGCAGCCAUAGACAACGGCCUUGCCUUCCCCCUCAAACACCCUGACUCCUGGAGAGCCUAUCCGUUCUACUGGGCGUGGCUUUCUCAGGCCAAAGUUCCGUUCUCCCAGGAAAUCAGAGAGCUGGUCCUGCCUAAACUCUCUGACCCAAAUUUCAUCAAAGACCUGGAGGAGGACCUGUAUGAGCUAUUUAAGAAAGACCCUGGAUUUGACAGGGGACAGUUUCAUAGACAAGUAGCCGUAAUGAGGGGACAGAUUCUGAACCUGUGCCAAGCCCUGAAGGAUGGUAAAACACCCCUGCAGUUGGUCCAGAUGCCCCCAGUAAUUGUCGAAACAGCCAGAGCACCUCAGAGAGCCAAUAGUGAGUCCUACACACAGAGUUUCCAGAGCAGAAGACCCUUCUUCACCUGGUGGUAGGAACAGAGCAGCAAAGAGGAAGAGGAGGAACAGCAGGAAGCCAGGGCGGGGAAAGGAGUGAAAUGUGCGGUUGGAAGAGAGGAAAGGGUCCAGGUUUUUGUCCUGAAAAUGGAAUAUUAUCAUCACCCUUCCCUCCUCUUCUUAUGGAUAUUCUGGUUACAGAGAGUGGGUGAAUGGGUGGAGAGAUGAGGCCAAAAGAGGAAGAAUUUCACAACAUAUCUUCCCUGUUUGCCUCUGUGCCUUGUGUGGAUGUUGGUGAAGAAAUAACGCCUAAAUUAUGAAGAUUUUGUUCCUUCCUGUGAGAGAGAAAGAUUCAGUGAGAUGUCAGACUUUUCUGUUGGACUCCUGGGUGCAAAUAAUGUUUGCUCACACACAUGCACGCCAGUCAAAACCUCUCAUACAGCUGUUUUUGGAUGAGAGGUGUUGCAUUCCAUGUUUUUUUUUUUUUCUUCAAACCUGUCUGCCUUUUUAAUAUUCACCUGCAUAUUCCCUCCCAUGCAGUUAAAAGCACUGGGCUGGUGAAAGCAUCAAAGCCACUAGUGGAGAUCAGCGAUUUGUUUUUUUUAACAAAUAAGAGGAGUAUUCAUUGUGGUUAAGUCUUAAGUCUAAAAUUUAGGAACUGGGCCACUUGUGGGUGUCUUCACACCCAUGCCACGUGAACUAGUUUCAAGUUCAAGGCCUACUCAUUGCUCCUCCUAACUAUUUAGAUUAGGAUCUGCAAGUCAUCUGGGGUGAUGUUGGAAGACAGAGGCACUUUUUGAUUAUAGAAUCAAGCUCAGAGUAGUAUGACCGGCUCGCCUAAUUUGUCCCCUCACACUGAUGAGUUAAAUCAUCGGUGAACAAGACAAAAUUAUCUUGUCUUUGGUGAUUCCCAGUUCACAAGCUCCUGUUUUUGUCUGCCAUUUUCAUUUCUGUUAAUCUUAUGGCUCGUGGGGUGGACCUCAGUAAACUACAAAGUAACUUCCUGCUGUACUGAACUGACAUGAAAUGUAUUGUGACAAUGCACUGUAUAAUUUGUAUGUAAUAUUUAAUGAUAGAUUAUAAUUAAAACAUAUUCCAGUAAUA